CUUAGGUUGGCGGAAAGGGAGCACGGGCCGGUCGGGAGAUCAUCUACUUAGGUGUCUCGCUCUCCCCCGACCCCCACGCCGUUCCAGGAACCCCACGUCCCCAUUUCCCCCUGGUGCUGCCGCCACAACACGUCACGCCUCCAACCUCGGCUUGGAGAGUGUGUUGCGUUAACCUCUCCUCCCCCAACUCAUGCAUUCCACGACGUAUGCAAAGGGGAAACGAUAUGGCGUACUGGGAUACCUACCGGAGCCGGGCUCAACAGAGGCUGAGUUAUGGGAGCUAAAUAGAAAACAAUCUCCCCUCCUGCGCCUCCCCCCAGAGAUACGCAACAAAAUUUACCGUCUCCUCCUCUCCAACAUGGGCAUCCACGUCCUCCACGAUCCGAAAACAGGAUCCUUCCACUGCCUCUCCCUCCGAGCCGGCGCGAAUCCCUGGACUUGUGUCCCCACGACCACGUCCCCGACGAGGCAGAUACUAGAACCAGAAAGAAAAAGCCCCAAGACCAAGAAGAAGAGAUCACGAUCGGUCCUCGGACGAGGUCUGACGCUUCUGGUCCUAGUCUGCAGACAACUCUACCACGAGACGGAACUUAUACCCUACCGCGAGUGCGCGUGGAGUUGGGCUACGCCUGGGUUGAUGGAGCGGCAUUUGCUUGUGGAGAGGCGGAUGGGAAUUGCGCAGAGGAGGGUGUUGAGGGAGGUUUGUGUUCGGGGGAUCCAAGGGUUUGGGAAUUGUAGUCGGAAGGUUAGGGGGUCUUUGGUGGGGUUGGAGGUCAUUUGGUUUUGGGAGGGGACGGGUGGCGGCGGUAGCACGGGGGAAGGGAAGGGGAGAGAGAGGGGGUGUGGAGGGUGGGUUUGUGAGAUUGUUGAGAGGGGGAGGGUUGAGGUUGGUGUUGGGAGGCCGAACUGAGGGUCUUGACGAUGGUGAUGGCGGCGCUUGGUGGUUUGGGAGGGGUUGUUUGAGGCGAGGAUUUGAGGGCAUCGUGAGCUUGUGCUCUGCGGCGUCUAUGAGACAUGAGGCUAUGAGGCUGAUGAUAUUGGGCACACAAGAGGGCACCAUACUUUCACGAUACAUGGGGUAGACUACGAGUAUGAAUUUCGAGCCUUCAAAGUGUCUGUCCCCUUACUACGGGAACGACAUUAAACCAACUUGAUGCCCCCCUACCUCUG